AUGAUGAAGGUGGUGUUGUUGUGUGUCCUCGCAGCAACAUUGGCUUUUACUAUAGGGAUUCUGCUGGGUCACUUCGCCAUCGACAAGGGCAGUUCGGUUCCAGACUGGGUCCGGGAUGCAUCUCGCGAUGUGGAUGAAAAAAUUAUUAAAACAUUCCUUGAUCAACUGGACACCAAUCAACUUAGAGAGAACCUCAGGGAGCUGACUAAGGUUCCCCACAUGGCUACCACUGCUGGAGAUGAAGGAACCGUACAGUUUUUGCUGAAGAGAUGGCAGGACCCCAACACUGGCUUGGAUAAUGCAUGGAGGGAGGACUACAAGGUGUAUCUGUCAUUCCCAAACAAAUCAAACCCCAACAAAGUCUCUGUUGUUAAUCCAGAAAACGCAGUCCUGUUUGCGGCAAGAGAGCGGGAGAAGCCAUACAAACCAGAACAAGAAGACCCAGAUGUUGUCCAGCCAUUCGCAGCCUAUUCCCCUGCAGGAAAUGUCAAGGGAAAACUCGUCUAUGCAAACCAGGGUAAAAUGAGCGACUAUGAGCUGUUAAACAAAACGCUGGAUCUGAGGGGAACCAUCGCCAUCACCAGAUAUGGAGGAGCAGGGAGAUCUGCUAAAGCUAUAAAUGCAGCCAAGUUUGGAAUUGUUGGGUUGCUGGUCUAUACUGAUCCAUAUGAAAUGAAUGAUGGCCUGGUGUCAGAAAGUGACACCUAUCCUCACUCCUGGUAUCUCCCACCUACUGGUGUCGAGCGAGGCUCAUACAGCAUUGACUUUGGAGACUUGUUAACACCUUAUCUAGCUGCAAAAGAUGAUACCUACAGAAUACCAAAAGAAGACAUAACAGGUAUUCCACCAAUUCCAACACAGCCGAUAGGGUUUGAGGAUGCUGAAAGAUUAAUAUGUGAGCUGGAUGGGGACAAUGCCCCUGAUGACUGGCAAGGCUCACUUAACUGCACAUACAAACUUGGUGGGCCAGGGUUCAAAGCCUCAUCUUCCUUCAACAACAGCAAUGUGCAUUUGGACACUUUUAACACUGAGAGUCUGGUAAAUUCAGCAAAUGUUAUGGGAGUAAUUCGAGGCAGCGUGGAGCCAGACAGGUACGUGAUUUAUGGGAACCACAGAGACAGCUGGGUACACGGAGCCAUUGACCCCAGUAGCGGCACAGCAGUGAUGCUGGAGAUCACAAGAGUGCUGGGGAAGAUGGUGAAGGAAGGGAAAUGGCGGCCUCGGAGGUCCAUUAUCUUUGGCAGCUGGGGAGCUGAAGAAUUUGGCCUUAUUGGAUCUGCAGAAUACACAGAGGAGUACUUCAGUAAGCUGAGUGAACGCACUGUGGCGUACAUCAACGUGGACAUCUCAGUGUUUGCUAAUGCAACACUCAGAGCUUCUGCUUCUCCAGCGGCACAUGGUGUUUUAUUUACAGCCUCCAAACAGGUGGAUGCACCUGGAACAACCUUAUCAGUCUAUGACAACUGGCUGAAAUAUUCGAACAGAACUAGUCCAAAUUACGGGAUUAUACCAAAUGUGGGCUUCUUGACAGGAGCAGGAAGUGAUUACGCUGCUUUUAUGCACUACCUUGGAAUAACGUCUAUGGACAUUUCCUAUUAUUAUGACCGGACAAAAACAAAAGCGCGAAUCUACCCAGCCUACCACACGGCUUAUGACACCUUUGACUAUGCAUCUACAUACAUCGAUCCAGGUUUCACAAGUCACCAGGCAGUAGCCAGGACGGCAGGGAACGUUCUGCUGCGAUUGGCUGACAGUCUUCUGCUGCCUUUUAACUGCACUGACUAUGCAGAAAGUCUACAGCGGUACCUCAGUGAGGCAGUUACAACCUUUGAGUCAAAACUUGCGGCUAAAGGAAUCUCUAUGGAAUCCCUGAAGAAAGCUGUGAAGUUAUUCAGUGACACAGCCAACAAACUGGACAGUCUGAUCAGGGAUUCAGAUCUUGCAAAUGAAACGCCCCUGAUGGUUCGCCAAAUUAAUGACCAGCUCAUGCUGCUGGACAGAGCUUUCCUUGACCCGUUAGCAUUCCCAGAACAAUAUGGUUUCAGGCAUGUGAUAUGGGCGUCGAGGUCAUCAAGUGUGCCCACUUUCCCAGGCCUAGCAGAUGCGGUAGAGAAGGCUGAAGGCACCGGGCUGAAGGAAGACUGGGAUCAGGCGCAUAAACACUUAUCCAUCGUCACACAGGCCAUUGCAGGAGCUGCACACACACUGGAUAAUGUGAUUUAAUGCACAAAGGAACAAAUGUUUUACUGUUUUUGGCAAAUUAUAUUCCUGAAAUGAAUAUUUCCAGAGUUGUCAAACAGCCAAAGGGAGUAUCAAACCUUAAAGAAUGGCGAGAUUUCUGGAGGAACUAAAUUAUUGUGACUACUAUUCUCAACAGAUUCCUAGUGCAUCAUGAAAUAAAAAUAUCAUUUGACAAGA